CUUCCACGAGAUCCACGCUCCCAUUGAUCCAUUCCAUCAACAGCAAGAGGACCACCGGCCGGACUCGGAUUUUGGAUUAAAUUUGUAAAGUUUUUCUUUGCCUGACCGUGUUUUAACAACCACUUCAACGCGUCAAUCAUGGGUCGCAUGCACGCCCCUGGGAAGGGUAUUUCCCAAUCUGCUCUCCCUUAUCGUCGCGGAGUUCCCACGUGGUUGAAGCAAACUCCUGAAGAUGUUAAGGACCAGAUUUAUCUCCUCGCCAAGAAGGGUCUAAUGCCCUCCAAGAUUGGUGGUAUUUUGCGAGAUUCUCACGGCGUUGCACAGGUGAGAUUUGUCACUGGUAGCAAGAUUCUCCGAAUUUUGAGAGCCAAGGGACUCGCCCCCGAUAUUCCCGAGGACCUCUAUUUCCUCAUUAAGAAGGCCGUCUCGAUCAGGAAACACUUGGAGAGAAAUAGGAAGGACAAGGACUCUAAGUUCCGUCUGAUUCUGGUAGAGUCUCGCAUUCACAGGUUGGCCCGCUACUACAAGACCAAGCGAGUGCUUCCCCCCACUUGGAAGUACGAGUCCUCCACGGCUUCCGCCCUCGUCGCCUAAUCAACACCUCGACAAACAAAAAUCAAAAACACCUUUGUUUAAUGAUGACGACGGUCUUUAAUAAAUAAAUAUCUUAAAACCCAGAUAAGUAA